UUCUCCGCUAUCGUGAUGGUUCGCGCAGGUGAAGUCAAGAAAGUCGCAAUUGUCGGCGCCGGUCCUGCGGGCGCCAUUGCUGUUGAUGCUUUUGCCCAGGAGAAGGCCUUCGAUGUUAUUCGCGUGUUUGAGCGCAGGGAGAAAGCUGGCGGUUGUUGGCUCUACGAUGACGAACAGCCCCCGCCGUUGACCGACUUGGAUGCCCUGGCGUAUCGCACAGCAGACAAGCCUCUGGAUAUUCCUGACGCGCUGCCCCGAUCGGUUCCUCGAUCGAGUCUGCCCAGAUUCACAGAUACCCCGGUCUACCCGGCUCUCGAAGCAAACAUUGACGCAUCGAUUAUGUCGUUCUCACAGGAGCCCAUUCCCGUCGUUCGCAGCGAGGCAUCGGUCAAGGUGCAUGGCCCCGACACGCCUUUCCGGCAUCAUACGGUCAUUCAGAAAUACAUUGAAGGGCUAUUGGAUCGCAACGGAUAUCAGCACUGGGUGGAAUACAAUACAACCGUCGAACGCGCCGAGAAGACAGAUGGAAAAUGGACCUUGACACUGAGAAGAGGCGCUCGAGACGCAAAUGAGGAUUACUGGUGGCAAGAGGAAUUCGACGCCCUGGUCGUGGCAUCAGGUCACUACAGUGUGCCGUAUGUCCCGAAUACGCCAGGGUUGAAGGAGUUUGCAACGCGAUAUCCUGGCAGCGUGGAACAUACGAAGGCAUUUCGGCACCCUGAGAAAUACCAGAACAAGCGUGUCGUGACGGUCGGAGCUUCGGUGUCUGCAGCUGAUACAGCGUUUAGCCUGGUCGAUAUUGCGCAAACACCAGUCCACGCCGUUGUGCGCGGCAAAUACAACGGCUACUUUGGAGAUGAAGCAUUUAAACAUCCGAAAAUUCAACGUCACACACCCAUCAAGCGAAUCGACAGUGAUGAUGGGCAACGGACCGUUUUCUUCGAAGACGGAACCUCCCUCUCCGACGUCGACCACCUCAUUUUGGGGACAGGAUACUCCUGGACCUUACCUUUCCUACCGCAAAUCCCCGUGCGAAAUAACCGCGUUCCUGAUCUGUACCUCCACAUCUUUCAUCUGCAGGAUCCGACAUUGGCUUUCAUCGGAGCGGUCGCCGCUGGCUUCACGUUCAAAGUCUUCGAAUGGCAGUCCGUGCUGGCGGCGCGAGUAUUGGCCGGUCAGGCUACACUACCGCCACUUGAACAGCAGCAUAAGUGGGAGCUGGAUCGUGUGCAGAAACGAGGAGAUGGUGUGGCAUUCACUCUCAUCAGCCCGGACUUUGAGGAUUAUUUUGAAACGCUCCGGACGAUGGCAGGAACUCCGGUCGCCACCGAACCUGGACGACGACUGCCAGUAUUCGACCGUAAAUGGGUGGAAACAUUUGCCUCCAGCCAUCAGCGUAGAAUUAAGUUGUGGAAGCGUGCGAAUGAGACUGCACGAGCGAGGCUGGACCAGACUGCACGAGAUCCUAGACCGGCGAAGUUGUAG